AUGAUCAGGGCUUCACGGAGCAGUCUGCCAAUGCUUUCCGAGGAAGAUCUGAUUGGUUCGGGCAUUAAUAUCAAUGUUGAGCAUUACAUGGAUACAUCGGAUAGCAGCAAUCUUGCAAGUGCUAAUAUGAUGGAAGAGCCAACGCAAGAGGAUUUGCCGACGUUUACCACCAGAUGUCCGAACAUCCGUAACUUAUCCUUUCAUCGGAAGCAUUCAAAUAACGAUCUCGAUGAAACGGUCAAUGAAUUUCUCAGUCGUAUUUUAUCACCACUAGAAAAACUCGAAAGCCUCGAUCUUUCAUACUGGCAACAGGUGGAGGAUUUGCACUGUUUAUCACCGCACAAACUUUCAACACUUAUUCUCUACGAUGUACCUGAUUUGUAUCGUGCACUGGACACUAUUGUACAAAUUUCUACUCUCAGGGUUGCCACAAUCAGAUCCGAUAUUUAUGGAUUACGUUGCCUGAGAGAACCGCUCGAUUAUUUAGGCUUGUUCAAUUGUGAUAAUGCUUCACAUUUCGCCGAAAUUCCUGCACUAGCUGUUGCUGGUGAUAGGAAUGAGGAUCAGAUUUUACUUGCACUUGAAAUGUACACUGAACGUCCAGGUCUUUUGCAAGGAGUUCUUAACGAAAGUUAUCAACUUUAUCGAUUUAACCACAACUUGGUAUGA